UGUAGAUGGAACGUGACUCUGUCUUUUUUAGUUAAAAAAAAAAAAAAAGAAACCCUAAUGACCUAAUCUCUCUCAACUAUCUCAAGUUGCAGCCGACAUCAUCCAUUCAUCCUGAUCCAGCGCCGGUCAUCCACCGCCGGUCAUCCACCGACUGCAUCCACCGCCAGUCAUCCACCGCCGCCGCUCAUCCACGACGCUACGCACAGCCGCUCCUUGAGUCUUGUUUCAAAAAUAAAGCCUAUCAUUCAUGGAUGCAGUAAAAAACUUAGAUGCUGUGGAUGCAACAACAUCCUUUCAAGUCAAAUCCUUCUUUGACUCAGCGCCUCUUUUGAAAGAUGCUGAAAGCAUAAGCAGAAAAUUAACCCAAUUUAUCCACCAGAACGCUUCUUUAACAGGAAGUAAAGGACCUAGAAGGGUUGUAUGUGUGACAUCUGGCGGUACAACUGUUCCUUUAGAGCAACGCUGUGUACGUUACAUUGAUAACUUUAGCUCUGGACAUAGAGGAGCAACUUCUACAGAAUACUUUUUGAAGUCAGGAUAUUCGGUCAUCUUUCUCUAUAGGAGGGGAACCUGCCAGCCGUAUUGUAGAUCACUUCCAGAUGAUCCGCUACUCGAAUGUUUCAACCUCACUAGCGAUUCAAGCAUACAAGUGCUCGAGUCACACGCUGAAGCAGUUAAGAGUGCAAUUAGUGGUCAUCACGAUGUUGUUUCUGGAGGCUACUUGCUGAAACUUCCUUUCACAACCAUCUUUGAAUAUCUUCAGAUUUUAAGGUUGAUUGCAACACCAAUGAAGAUCCUUGGACCAAAUGCUAUGUUUUAUCUUGCAGCCGCUGUAUCUGACUUUUAUGUUCCGUGGGAGAGCAUGGCAGUACAUAAAAUCCAGUCAGCAUCUGGUCCUCUAGAUAUGCGGCUUGCCCAAGUUCCGAAAAUGCUCUUGGUUUUGCGUAAGGAGUGGGCCCCCACAGCAUUCUGUGUAUCAUUUAAGUUAGAGACAGAUAAAGAGAUUCUUCUAGAAAAGGCGGAUACCGCUCUUAAAAAGUACAAAAUGCAUGCGGUAGUUGCUAACGAGCUUUCGACCCGUAAAGAGGUGGUCAUAUUGGUCACUGAAAGCGGAAAAGUGUCGGUGUAUCGUGAAAACGACCUAUCAGUUGUUGAAUCUCCUCUGAUCAAGCUACUUGUAGAGAAACAUUCAACUUACAUUAUGGACCCCAACGCAUGAUUACAAAAAAAAAAUCGAAAAUACAGAAGAAAUAAUCGAUGUCCCACCAUGCAAUCUACUUAUACAAAGAUACAACUGUAACAAGGGAGAAGUUCACUUAUUAAAAUAAAGUGGAGUUUUAUCUUCAUGUUUUAUGUUCUUUCAGUUGAAGUAUCAUUUUAGGUUUAUAAUGAGGAAGGUGUUUUUUGUUUCAUUAAAUAUAAGAAUGUGUGUUUUAUUUUGUGUCAUUAUCUUUAAUGCAAACCUAUAAGCUUACUCUUUCUCUUUCUAAUUGAACUGUCUUGUAGUUUGUUUCAUGCAACUCUAUACUGGAGAUUAUUAAUAAAUAAUGUUUUGGAUUUAAA